AUCAGCAGCUCAGACAACAGAGAGCGCUUCAGCAACUUGGUAUGAUGCAACCACACGCUUGGAGACCACAAAGGGGGCUACCCGAGAGCUCCGUUUCAAUCCUGCGUGCUUGGUUGUUUGAGCACUUUCUUCAUCCCUACCCAAAAGAUUCUGAUAAAGCGAUGCUAGCUAGGCAAACUGGCCUAACAAGAGGCCAGGUCUCAAACUGGUUCAUCAAUGCCCGAGUGCAACUAUGGAAGCCCAUGGUUGAAGAAAUAUACAAAGAAGAGUUUGCUGAUGCUGAAUUCGAAUCUAAUUCUUCAUCUGAAAUUGCACCAAAAAUGGAAGGAAAUAAUGUGAAUGGCGUGUGGGUUGAGGUGUAUUAG